GCUUAGUCCAUUUGGUAGCAGAUGAGGAAAAGAUGGAGCCUUUAAGUAGAAUCAAGUUCCUGGAUUAGAAGUGGAUCUGACCACUUCAAUUCCUACUUAUGGUCUGAGAUAAUUGGCAGGUAGAGUGGCUAGUGAGAGACUGAAGAGUAAGGACAAAGUCUACCUUGGAUCACCCUGGAUCAUCUCAACUUUGGUUUUGUGGAGACACCUGAAAGCAACAGCCAUAAAAGCUGUUAACCCGCUGGUGAUAAAAUCUGCCCUGGGACAGAGGACCCCCCGAGGACUGAGGUGCUGUGGGACUGCACACUUUGAAUUCUUGCCACCAGAAUGGGGAAACAGAACAGCAAGCUGCGCCCUGAAGUCAUGCAGGACCUACUGGAAAGCACGGACUUUACAGAGCAUGAGAUCCAGGAAUGGUACAAAGGCUUCUUAAGAGACUGCCCCAGUGGACAUUUAUCAAUGGAAGAGUUUAAGAAAAUAUACGGGAACUUUUUCCCUUAUGGGGAUGCUUCCAAAUUUGCAGAGCAUGUCUUCCGUACCUUUGACGCAAAUGGAGAUGGAACAAUAGACUUCAGAGAAUUCAUCAUAGCCCUGAGUGUAACAUCGAGGGGCAAGCUGGAACAGAAGCUGAAGUGGGCCUUCAGCAUGUAUGACCUGGAUGGGAAUGGCUACAUCAGUAAGGCAGAGAUGCUGGAGAUUGUACAGGCAAUCUACAAGAUGGUUUCCUCCGUAAUGAAAAUGCCUGAAGAUGAAUCAACCCCAGAGAAAAGGACAGAAAAGAUCUUCCGCCAGAUGGACACCAAUAGAGAUGGAAAACUCUCCCUGGAAGAAUUCAUCCGAGGGGCCAAAAGCGACCCAUCCAUCGUGCGCCUCCUGCAGUGUGACCCCAGCAGCGCCGGCCAGUUCUGAGCCCCACACCCCAUGAAUGCUAGAGCUGCGUGUAUCUCUCCUGGUUAUCUUUUAGACUUUUUUUUUUUUUUGCCAAACAAUAUUGAUGGUGAUGCUGUCUCCUCUGCCGUCAGAUGCACCCUCCUCUGUGACGCCUUUGCCUCUCGCUUCUAUUGUCGUGGAUGCAUUGUGGGAAUGCCCAGAGCCUCCUCCCUGUGCUUGUGGAGAGCAUGGACAGACUUCAUGGUGUUCCUUGUUUGAUGACUUUUUAAUCAAAUUUUUUCCCUUUGAUUCUAAUGUCUCUGUCUUAAAAUCUAAGACUUAGGGGCAAAAGAAGGGAAUUCCAUCCAGCCCAGAGCUCUUCUGUAAGAUUUGAGGGGCUUUGUUUGAAAGACAAAAUUCCCCCAGCUGGGUCUAUUGUCACCCCUGGUGCCCUCUGGGCUAUGGCUGGCACCAGAUGCUAGAUUUCCUGAGGACACGUUACCCUCUGGGCUUUUAAAGGGAGCUGGGACAUGCCUCCAGAAAGCCCACUUGACCCUCUGCCCCAGCAGGCCAUAGUUUAUAAGCUGUGAACAUUUCAAGGUGAAUUAAUAGAAGAGAGGGGGAAGAUGGCUCAGCUAAUUUUUUCACAGGUUUACACAAGUUGAGCUAACGUGAGUUUCUUUGAAAAUCAAACACAAAUGGUAACAUAUUCCCAAAUCAGACCCAUCUUGUUGCCUAUUGUGAUUUAUAAAAAGACAAGAAUGCUGUAUAUAAAAUAUUGGGUGUUACAGACCAAAUUAAAUGUUUUGCCUUGUAAAUGCAUGUUUAGUGAGCACUAACACAAUCUUACUGCAGAAGACUGUCUUUAGUAGUUUAUUGUGAAGCUAACUGCAAUGAAUGUUCAUGUCUUGUUCUAAAGUCAUAUCUGUCUUUGCACAAAUGUAUUGGUCAACAAGUAUAUUUUAUAUAUUGCAUAAACACAAGGGAUGAUGACAAGGGCCCAGCUUUGGUUUUGAAAGCUUUUCCAGAGUCACAGUGACUGGAGACCAGGGCAACUUUCCCAGUAUCUUGUCCAACAGAACACCACAGGAGCUACGCAUUGAGCAGGGGCCAAAGGUGGCAUUUUGUCCCCGGCCCAGCAGCACUCGGCAGUGUGAGACUGGAGCUGUGCUGCUUUCUAAGCAGAUCAAUGGUUUGUAGACUUGAAAAAAAAAAAAAAAAAAAAAAAAAGAACCAGCCUAGGACUUCCUGGUAGCUUAACCCACAUCCUUAGUUGGGUUGGGGAGUCACAUCUAGAAUGUUCAUUUUUCCACACCCCAGCUUGCCCCUCAAAGAGUCAGAGGUAGGACAGCCAGGUAAUUCACUGUAAGAAUGAACAAGUGUGCCUGUGAUGUCCAAGGUCCACUAUGGGGAACUGACAGCAUUUUCCCUCAUUGUGUACUUUGAAUGCAUAGUUCUAGUUUCAGAAAGGACAACCCACAUUUUGAGUUGCUGCUUAGGCUGGUCAUCUCAUAUACACUUAUUUGAAUUGAUGGACAGGAGUAAAAACUGCUGGUCACAGGCAAGUCAAAACCUCACAAAUAGCUGACAUGGGUGGGGGGGCAAAAUAUUCAAGGAUGUUGCCAAGAGUAGAAGAGGGCAUCAGGGGGUCUGUCUGUCACCAACCCACAUCCUGUAGAACAGGAACCACAAAAAGAUAAACACAACCACGAAGAAAAUGAUGCUGAGCUGGUUCUCCAGGUUUCCACAUAGGACCACCUCCAGGUUCUCCAGGUUUCCACAUAGGACCACCUCCAGGUUUCCACAUAGGACCACUGUAACUGGCACCAAACACCUGAACUUGUAUGCCCACCUCCAAUGAACCACUUCAUAGGUGAAAUUUUAAAAGCUAGAUUUUGUAAGCUUUAUCUUCCUUGGUGUCCUUGCCUUACAUCUUAUACCAAGGCUUGCGAAACCUUACGGGCCAAGUGGUAAAGUCUGAUUUUGAAAAAUGGAACAAAUCCAAGUUGUGGAGUGCAAAGGGAGUGAUGGGACCCGCACACUCUAUCGCUGGUGUAUGAGAGUUGUACUCACUUUUCCUGUUCUGGAUUGAGGACCGAAUUCCUUUUUCUAGUUCUCAUUUAAUGAGUGGUAUCAGUUAAUGUUGGAGAAGCCACCUGGGCUCUGCCUUAGGUUGGGCCAAACCCAUCUGUUUCCUAGAAACCAGAGCUGGGGUGGGGGGUAGAGAAGAUGGCCUCCAGCUAUUCAGGAAGGAAACAGCCAGAUACUACCUAAAGAACACUGCUGCUCCUGGAGAGUCCCAGAACUGGCCAGCCACAGACGCAUCUGUAUUUUCUCUAGAGCUGUUUUUCUCUUCCUCCUCCCCAGGAAGGCAUCGACAUGUCUGAUCUCGUGUAGUCAUGUUUCACCAAGGGACUGCACAGCCCCUUGACACACAGGUGUGUGUCACUCCUGUGCUUGGCUGGUCAGUGUCUUUGCUGUGUUCAGGGAUCUCUGGAAGUGGAGUCUGUUUUGUCCCAAGUAAAGCCAGUCUGUGUUGUCUAAGGGACUGGACUAAAUGGCUUAUGACUUGAUGGAUGUUGCAGAAUGUUUGACUGUUCAUACCUCGUUUAGGAUGGGGAAAGGGUGCUGUGGGUGCUGUCCCCACCCCAGUGAUACACCCCAGAGGGACUUUCCAUAAGUGGAUUUAAUAUGUCAUAUUAUAUGGAGUAGUCCCAUAUCAGUUGAUUGUGUAGCUCUUGCCUGGCAUUAAAGCAUGUUUAUUGUUUAAUA